AUGCAGGAUACAUUCGAUGCUGGUUGCUUGCUCAGCCUGGGGGUUCUUAUCCGCCUUGCAGCUGCGGCGAUCAAUUACGAAAUCUACUGCAUGCUAGACGGUUCUGCGUCAGACGUUCCCAGCAUCACUGAGCUGUCAGAUUAUGCAACCGGCACUCGAGGGCCCUGGCGUUACGCGCUCUCGUUGCUCUCGGUGGUUUUCAGUGAUGGCUGCUGCUGUCUCGUGCUGCUCCAUGCUUCUGUGCAGCUGCACGGGCGCCACACUUCGGGGGCCAGCCUUCUCCAGGCUUUGGUCAUCGGCAGUUCUGGCCUGGACUUUGUGCAGGCGGCAACCACUGAGUUUCGGCUCCACUAUGUCCUGAUCCAGAUGGCUGGUUGCACAAUGUGCCUGACGUUGCUGCACAUCCUAUUCGUGCUCUACCGAACAGGUCGACAAACACAACGCAUACAGACAGCUUGCUUCACAUUCACGGUGUUGUGCAUGGAUCUCGUGCUGGUGGCUGCACUUCACAACCACUGGAUCAGAGAACAGUCGCUUUCUUCGGUCACGUGGACCGCGUUGGAGUAUUUGGGCAUGGUACUUUACACGGCAGUUAUGGUCCAGAUUGGAGGCCUGCUUCCAGCUGCCACUGUGAAGCUAGGUUGGCUGCCGCGCAUUGUCUCAGACGAAUCCGCAGCCGCAAAGUCUCUGCUGCCCAAGCAUUCCCCGGAUAGCGGAAGACCUUACAACAAGGUGGGUGCCUGA